AUGGAUAUAUCGCCUAUCGCGGCCUCACGGCCUGCCCUUCCAGUCGAGCUUCAUGCUGCAACAAGAGAACAGCACCACGCCCUCAACACAGCAAUCCUAGGACGCUUGCCGUUAUGUCUGCCACCUUGUGUCAACAGUCCGCUUCUCUACACUCAAGGCAUGAUCGUGUUUGGCCAGAUAUAUUUCGCUUUUGAAGGCUUCCUGGAAAAGUCGCUAACUUCAGCCUUAUUUGAUGUACGACUACGAGGGAUUUACCAACGAAUGCACUUUCGCGAACUCACCAGAUCCAGUCGGUUACGAGACGACAUUGAGCUGUUGCGAUCACGACUGGAUCAUAGAGUCGCCGUAGAUCUCAGCAGACUUUCUGAGCAAGCCCAGGUCUUUGCAUCUCGAAUCACGUCCUAUUUGUCAUCACAGCCGUACGCUCUGCUAGCGUAUACCUGGGCAAUGUAUCUCGCUCUCUUCAAUGGUGGACAGUGGAUCCGCCGACAACUUGUAUCAGCAGGGCCUGAUUUUUGGGGAACAGGUGAACUGCCGUUGUCUUUCUGGGACUUCGGGGUCGAUGACGGAGGAGACGUGCAACAAGAGACUUUGAAAGUGCGAUUCAAAACAGCAUUUGCAGAUGCAUCAGCCCUCCUGACCGAAGUUGAGAGUUCAGAGGUAAUUGAUGGAGCAAGGGAUCUCUUUGUGACUUGUCUGCAGAUGGUGGAGUUCCUGGACCAAGCAGUGGUGGAAAGAACAUCAUCUGAAAGCCGGUCGCCCGGAUUUGGGUACCCAAGCCCAACAUCGACAUUUGUUACAGCGUGGGGCUACAUCACGUCCAGUCUGGCAUUGCUGAAAACGACUACACAAGUUGUCUGGAGUUCCAGGGUCGAGGUCAACGACUGA